AGGGUGUGCCCAUCAGUGUGCCCUCUUACAUUAGGUGUGCCCAUCAGAGUGCUCCUUUACUUCAGUUGUCCCCAUCAGAGUGCCCCUUUACAUCAGGUAUCCCCAUCACAUUGCCACCUUUCAUCAGGUAUUCCCGUCAAGAGUGCCCCCUUACCCUCAAAAUAUCCCUUUCUAUUAUAUUUCCCUAUCAGAGUGCCCCUUUACACCAUAUUCCCCAUCAGAGUGCCCCUUUGCAUCACAUGUGCCCAUCAGAGUGACCCUUUCCACAGUAUGUGCCCAUUUAUGCUCCUUACCAUAAAAUAUGCCCAUCAGAGUGCCCCUUAACAUAAAAUGUGUUCAUCAGAGUGUCCCUUAACAUAAAAUGUGCUCAUCAGAGUGCCCCUUAACAUAAAAUGCUUGUCAGCGUGUCCCUUAAUAUAA